AUGGACUCAUUUGGUCAAGACACCAACGCCCGCAGCAACAUUCACGAUGACCCAGAUCUCUGUCGCCUUAUCCUCACCGCAGCCUUAGCCGGUCGGCCACUUGAGAUUCGAGAGUCAAACAUACCCAAUGCUGGCUCCGGCCUCUUCACCACUGCCGCCAUCCCCACCGGCGUCGAAAUCUUCCGCUCGUCCCCCAUCAUCAAUGUGCGAGACCCCUCGGCUCGCCAUGUCUGCGAUUGGUGUUACACCACGACGCCCUCGGGCAUCGACAAUCUCGGCGCCAUGGCAGCUGAACAGCUCGGCGCCACAUUACUCAUGCCUCCCAAGCCAGUCGCCAUGUUGCUCUGCAGUGGAUGCAAGGUAGGGCGCUAUUGUUCACGGGCAUGUCAGAGGAACGCCUGGAAGGCCUUCCACAAGCUCGAAUGCAAGGCUGUGCUGAGCGAAGCGCCAGCCAUGGGACCGACCACGUUAGCCAUGUAUCGCCUGCUGCUGCUCAAGAAGGACGGCCGGUUCACCGAGAGACAAUGGAAGGCGUUGAUGAAGCUCGAAUCGCACUUUGAAGAGCAGGACGAGGACUUGAGAAACGACAUCCUUGCAAAGGUGCACGAUUGGGGACGUAGGAUGGGUACAGAGGUUGACUUUAUGACUGUCUGGGAGCUGCUGUGCAUCAUCUUUACCAAUAGUAUGAAUAUCCGUCCUGCCGAGGCGGAUGUCUCCUUCGGCACUAGCUUGGAUCUUGUCGUGUCCAUGAUCAACCACGAUUGCAGCCCUAAUGCGCACGUCUUCUUCGAGGGCAGUAAGAUUCGUGUCCGCUCGCUCAAGGCCAUUGAUGCUGGUGGCGAAAUCACUGUGUCCUAUUGCGACCCGCGACUGGAUGUGCUGCUGCGAGAGGAGAUUCUUCGCCAGACGCAGUUUUUCCACUGCCAGUGCACCACAUGUAAAAGGGAAUACAAUGAGCACCUCGAGGCUUGCGGGGCUGCAACUGAGACAGAUGCGGUCCGUCGAUGUGAGGUAAUUUUGGACCAGCAAAAGACCAUGUUGCAAGUCGCAGGUAAUUGCACUUCUGGCUUCUACUCGGUCCUCAAGAGCAGCGAGGCUGCCAAGACCGAGAUGGUGUCACAGUUUGCUGCCUCCGUUGAGACCAUCACCAAGUCCGGAUACGGCGGCCAUGCCUGGCCAGCCCACGUAGAGCCGCUGCCCAAUGUCCACAUGACAAUGGCGGGCAUGUUCAAGGCCAGUUUCAGCUACGUGCCCGCCCUCAAAUAUGCUCUCACCGGGUGCCUCAUGGCUAGGAGGCGGUGCGGACCACCGUUUGUCCAGGAUCUUUUCGAGCUGGUGCGAAUCCUUGUUCAGACUUGCAAUGAGCCCGAAGAUGGGAUGCCUUUUACUGUGCAGAACUUCCCGACCAAAAAGGAGCUGCAGAUGCUGACGAUGGGAUACAUGGUAAUCCUGUGCCAGGCGGUAAGGCUUGCCUUUGGUGCUGACUGUCGCUAUACGCUGACGGUGUGGGCAUGGGCAAGGACUUUUAUGGGCGCUGGGGCCGGAGGCGUCCCUGCGUUGGGGCAGAGUGUGUUUGAGGAACAGUUCGGAAAAGUGCAGAGGAAGUUGACUGCCUGGGCUGGGAUCGACAGACUGUUGGUUCUGGGCGAUCGGAGGCAGCUAGUGGUUACUGUGGUCGACGUAAUCAAGGCUUUCGAGACCUGUGCAGUCAAGCCGGGCAUCUUGAGUCCAGCUGGCAAAUGA